AUAGGUUUGCUCCCUAGUGUUUCCCUGUGUUCUGCUUCUAUUCCACUUAGGGCUGAGCUUCUGCAUAGGACUUACCAUAUAUAUUUACAUAUAUCUCUUCGUUAAUACAACAGUAGUAUUAUUGAUCUGCUCCCUUAUUCUUUACCAGGCAAAUUUCGACUAUACGCUUCAUUUUUCCAGGUUCACCUUCUCAAAGAUUUCAUCUUCAAUACUACUUAGGAUACAGGGUUUUCUAUCCGUUAUAGUUGAGCUGGACAAGCUGGCCAUUGACAAUCAACACCAGCAGCAGCACCACCAGAUUUUUGGGGUCGUCGAGGCCAGCCAUAUCCAUAAGAAAGUCAUGGUGCUCAUGCAUAUGAUCAGGUUAGCCCCAUAGGGCGAAUGGAGGAGGACGAUAUGGGUCCGCCGUGGUUGGUACCAAUGCUGAGAGCAAGCUACUUUAUCCCGUGCCCAAUUCAUGGGGAUGCCAAUAAAAGCGAAUGCAACUUGUUCUGUUUGGAUUGCAUGAGGAAUGCUCUGUGUUCUUACUGUUUGAUUAACCACAAGGAUCACCGGGUUGUUCAGAUAAGGCGAUCCUCCUACCAUAACGUGGUGAGAGUUAGUGAGAUACAGAAAUACAUAGACAUAUCUUGCGUGCAGACCUACAUCAUCAACAGCGCCAAGAUUGUCUUCCUCAACGAGAGGCCCCAGCCAAGGCCUGGAAAGGGGGUCACCAACACUUGUGAGAUUUGUUGUAGAAGCCUCCUUGAUUCCUUCAGAUUCUGUUCUCUUGGUUGCAAG